AUUCUUCCGUCGUGCCGCCUUCUGUAGCUUGGCAUCAUCCCUAUUCCCUCCUCUCAGCUUCAUUGUGUCCUCGCUGGUCGAGGCGAUCAUGGCCAGCGAUGUCUCAUCCUCACCCUCAGCCAUUGUCGACUUCCUGGCAGGAACAGCAGGAGGAGCGGCGUCGGUCCUUGUUGGCCAGCCAUUCGAUACCAUCAAGACGCGCCUCCAAGCGCAGCAUGCUCGUCCGACGACGACGGCUGCAGCGGUGACGUCUCCCUCUGUCACCACGCCGCUGAUCUCCUCAGCACCCACUUACCGCUCGGCAAUGGACGCAUACCGCAUCAUUGUGCGAGACGAGCGUUUCUUUGGCCUCUUCAAGGGGGUGGCCUCCCCCAUGCUGGGAGUAGCAGCAAUGAAUGCUUGCAUCUUUGGGUCUUACGGGCUCGCUCUACGUACACUACAGUCAAGCUCAGCCCCUGCAACCUCUUCACCAUCAGCAUCAUCUCCUUUGCUCUUGUCCCACGUUUUCCUUGCAGGCGCCGCCUCCGGCCUCGCCUCAGCACUGAUCACCAGCCCAGUCGAGCUAGUCAAGAUUCGGGAGCAGCUCGAUUACUCCGGCCAAGGAGCCAAGCCUCACCCUUUACGCGUCGCAAAAGCUCUGUGGACCUCAGGAGGCCUACGAGCCCUAUAUCGCGGCCUGGGAGCUACCUGCCUGCGCGACGUCGGAUACGGCCCGUACUUCCUCUGCUAUGAGGUCUUCAACCGACUGCUCCUUUCAACGCACGAUGCCACGCCCCUUCCUGGUGGUGAGGCACCGCAGCUGUCCAAUGUCGAGCUGGCCUUCUCUGGUGCCCUAGCGGGUGUGGUGGCGUGGGUUUCGACUUUCCCUAUUGAUUGCAUCAAGACGCGCGUGCAGGCUACGGAUCAUCGUACGGGGGUGGUUGCGGCUGCAAGAAGCAUCUGGAGGGAGGGAGGAUGGAGGGCAUUCUGGCAUGGCGUAGGCCCGACGGUGCUGAGGGCUAUCCCCGUCAAUGCGACGCUGUUCGUCGUGUAUGAGGCGACCAAGGGAAGCUUGGCAAAGUGGGGAUGGUGAGAAGGCGAACGAGAAGUGGAUAUAUACCAGCAUAGAGACGGCAGAGGUCAUGGAAACCCCGCUGAAAGGCACGCAGCGAUACACGGGGCAAUCAUCAAGAGCCAAUCGAAACGAUACAAUGGGCCGACAUCCCCCAGGACUUAUCGCCCAUUCACCAGCUUCCCGCCCUUGAUGCCCCUCUUACUUGGUCUCCAAAAGCCAAGGAAAGUCUGCACGAUCCACGCCAGAACCAAGCAGUUGACGCCAAUCAACAGCUUGAUGGCCAAAACCACCGUAUGUCCGCCGGGGAUGACCUGGCCGGGGAUGACCUGAGGCUCGUAGAAGUCCUCCUGGCGAUGCACGUAGAAGAGGCCGUCCGCGCCCUUGUGCAGGGAGAGGACGACGAGGAUGCGGGCUGUGGGCGUGUAGAGCGAGAAAGGGAACAAAUUUGGGCGAAGCGUCUGAGCAGCAUCGACGUAGGCUUUGUUCUUGCGUUGGUCGAAGG